UUGUUUGUAUAAAUGCCUCUUCAAGGGUGUAAGCUAAAGACGAAAAAAGAUGGGACACCAAAGUAUCUCGUAGUCAAGAAUGAUUCAAGGUGCAAUGGAAAGCGUCAUUUUCUGGCCCAUGAUCCCAACAAUGAACUUGGACUAAAAGAGAAGUGGAAUUUGGCUGUUGUCAAGAUGACUGGUAAAAACAAAAUUUCAACUGUGGAUCGUGCUCCAACUAGUCUGCAUAUUCUCAGACAAUCAGACUUUGAUAAAUACGUAUUGAAUUUCCUCAUCAUGGAUGGAAUACCUCUUCAUGAAGUUGAAAAUGAAGGAUUCAAGUUACUUAUGUCUAAAGCAGCUCCUCAUUUAAAGAUAUAUGGACGAACGUUCUACACCAUGUUACUUAAAAAAGAAUUUGCUAGCAGACAACAGCAACUCAAACAAGUAUUACUUAAUUGUAGUGAUGCUGCCACUACCAUAGAUGCGUGGACGUGCAGUAGAAGAUCGUACUUAGGCGAAACCGUUCAUCAGUGGAAAGACUUUUCAGCCAAGGAGGUCUGAUUUACUCUGCCAGACGUAUGAAAAUGACUGACAUACACUUCGAGAUGUUACUGUUCUUAAAAGUGAACCAACAAGACUUUCAAAGACUGGUGACAUUGGUUAGGUUUUGAUUACGUGAUUGACAGACUAAUAUAUCAGUGAUCUUCUGAACUUCUCCUACUUUGCUUAUAAUUUUUAUUCAAAUUAAGAAUCUUAUUAUUUUAUAUGGAGGCUUGUUCAAGGUGUGUAUAACAAGACAUGCAAUUGGUCCUGCUUCUUCACAUUCUAGUUGGAGGCUUGACUGUUACAUUAAGUCUAUAUCCUUCUCCUGAAUGGAAUCAUCAUUUUUAAAAAUGUCAUACAAACUAGAACUCAAUUUUACCUGCUAGUUUAAACUUUGUAUCACACCUAUCAGCUUUCUUCUUUAAAAAAAAUUCUUGAUGUUAUCCGUUCUGAUUUUCUACCAGCGUUGUGUGUGAUCAGCUGGUUUAAGUAGAAAGAAAGUUGAAGUUCGAACAGUUUAAGCUCUGAAACUGCGGUUUUUAGGUGUUCACUUGAUAUUUCAUAGAGAUUUGGUUUCAGACUCUGUGUUAUUCUUUCACCUAAAAUCUUCCAUGCAACACAGAGAGCCAAUAAAUGGAAGGCUAGUAUGCAAAAGAA